AUGGCAGACAAAAUUCUUAGCUCAAAAAUUGGAAAUAUCGAGUUCUGUCCAUUUUGUGAUUCGCCGGUAACUGUUAAUAAUAGUGAAGAUCGAAUACUUCUGUGCAUGAACGCUAUUUGCCAGAAGGAAUCCUGCAGGAAAUGUCUGAAAGAAUCACAUAUUCCGUUACGAUGUGAGGAAGUUGAUGAAGAAGUUGAUUUUGAGACAAAAAAACGUAAAUUUAUUGAAGAGCGCAUGUCAGAAGCAGUAAUUCGUAAAUGUCCAACUUGUGAUAACAGGAUUACGAAAGAAACGGGAUGCAAUAAAAUGACAUGUCCUUGCGGCACUUUCUUCUGUUAUGUUUGCAAUGUGGCCCUUCCGAAGGAAAAUCCAUAUCAACAUUUCUCCAACGCCAAGGGUUGCUGCCGACAGGAUACAUCACUUGAGCAACUUCAUGAAAUGGCUGCAAAACGUGCUGGUUUGGAAGCUUUACGUCUGUUCCAUGAGCAAAAUCCCGAAUCAGUUGAUGUGAAAGCACCCAAUAUUAACGAAUUAGCUGGAUUAAAAAAAAACGAAGCCGGCAACAACGGAUUGAUAGUAACGGCUCCUUCUACUACCAGAGAAAAUGAAAAAUGUUUAUGA